UUCACCCGUGCUUGCAGCCACACGUUCACAAGCACUGGAGACAACAUGAAUCUCUCUCUAUACUUGGCUGUUUUGUUCGUCGUCGUUGCCAUCCACACUGCAAACACGGCACCACGAAAGCAUGAAAACGUUUCGCAUAUGUCGCUCGUGAGGAAACGUCGCCAGGGAAAUCACACAGUCACAGGCGGGAUCUCGGCGAGCCCUGGAGGAAAGCCGGCAAUAAACUUUCAAUAUGACUACAACCCAAAUGACAAUCUGAAGGUGUUUGUUGGUGGGAGUCACACCAUCGGGGGCGGCACAAGCGUUGGUGGUGGCGUGAGGUGGAUUAUUCCCACGAAAAAAGAUCGCAGGAGACCCAAAGAAAAUUGAAAAGGGACGAAGAGGAGGAGAAGAGAGGGAGAGGAGAGAGAGAGAGAGGGAGAGGGAGAGAAGAAGAAUAAGAGAGGGAAAAAAGAAGAGGGAGAGUGGAAGAGAAGAAGAAUGAGAGAAGGAGAGAAGAAGAGGGACGAAAAGGAGGAGAAGAGGGAGAGAAGAAGAGAAGAGAGGGAGAGGGAGAGAAGAAGAAUGAGAGAGGG